ACUCUCAGCUGCUCCAGGAUCAGAGACUUUGUUGGUGCAGGGAGCGGGUCAAUGUCUACUCAUGUGUUAGAACUGACUCCGAUUCAGCUCUUACAGUAUCCAGGAUCCUCUUGUGACACUCAGCUGACAGUGAGCAGGAUAUGCAGAAGCCUUGAGUUUACCUGCACGACAACAAGAAGUGCAUUCGUGGUCAUUUAAAACCUGCAGGAAUGGCAGAAAACCCACCCAAGCUAAAGACUGCACUUAUUGCUAAUGAAAGGCUGCAAAACUUGAAAAAUACAUUUGAAACAAAGUAUGGAGAAUCUCCUCUCUUCUAUGCUUGUGCUCCUGGAAGGGUAAAUCUAAUAGGUGAACAUAUUGAUUACUGUGGCUAUUCUGUUCUCCCAAUGGCUAUCGAGCAGAAUAUCCUCGCAGCCGUUUCAGUCAGUGAUUCAGGGACGAUCCAGUUGGCCAACACAAAUCCUCAGUACAAGGAUUUCACUGUGCCUUGUAAAGAGGACAUUGCCAUUGACCGAGACAAUCCACAGUGGCAUUAUUACUUUCUCUGUGGGGUUAAAGGCAUUCAGGAGAAAUUUGGGAUCACUCAUUUGGCUGGGAUGUCCUGCGUUGUUGAUGGAUCCGUUCCCCCGAGCUCCGGCCUGUCCAGUUCCAGCGCUUUAGUUUGUUGUGCUGGGCUCGUAACAAUGGAGGCAAACCACAAGUCCCUCUCCAAGGUGGCACUUGCGGAGAUAUGCGCCAAAUGCGAGCGCUACAUUGGCACAGAGGGAGGUGGCAUGGACCAGUCUAUCUCGUUUCUGGCAGAGAGAGGAACUGCAAAGCUGAUAGAGUUCCAGCCUCUGCGGGCCACUGAUGUCAAGCUCCCAGACGGGGUAGUGUUUGUGAUCUCAAACUGCUGCGUGGAGAUGAACAAAGCUGCCUCUUCUCACUUCAACAUCCGUGUGGUUGAGUGUCGAAUUGCCACAAAGAUGCUGGCAAAGGCCCGGGGUGUGGAGUGGAGCAGGCUGUCUAAGCUGGCCCAGGUUCAGACAGAGCUCAAGGCCUCCCUGGAGGAGAUGCAAGCUCUAGUGGACGAGGUGUUGCAUCCUGAGCCGUACAGCCAAGAGGAAAUCUGCAAGGCCCUGGGCAUCACCUCAGAGCAGUUCUGCUCAGAGCUGCUGAGUGCCAACACCCAGCAUGUGAAGCAGUUCAAGCUGCACCAACGUGCCAAGCAUGUCUACAGUGAAGCUGCACGGGUGCUUCAGUUUAAGACUCUUUGUGAUUCCCGAGUUGCUGAGUCCAUGCAACUGCUAGGAGACUUGAUGAACCAGAGCCACGCAAGUUGCAGAGAUCUGUAUGAGUGCAGCUGCUCUGAACUCGACCAACUGGUGGACAUUUGUCUGAAGUCGGGGGCUGUGGGCUCCCGGCUGACAGGAGCAGGCUGGGGAGGCUGUGCCGUUUCCAUGGUUCCCAACGAGAGGGUGGAGUCUUUCUUACAGGCUGUGAGGGAGGCUUACUACAACCCUGAUCCACGCCGAGCAGCAAUGGAAAAACAAAGUUUGUUUGUGUCAGGGCCAGGUGGAGGAGCUGCAAUUUUCCUUGAAGGGUGAAAGCGGUGUAUUUUGGUAGCACUAUAACUACAUUUUCAAAUCCCUAGUUGGAAUUGACACUAAGGAUUAUACUGUAAAAUGAGGGCCAAACAGCGACAACAGUGUCACAUUGUUUCUUAUAAUGGCAAUUUGUUCGUUUUUGUAAACUUUUUCUAAAUCAUGGAAGGUGUCUGUAAUUGUUUUGUUAACCUUAAUUUUGUCAGUGUCCACCUUGAAUUAUUUUCUUGUUAAAUUUUUUUUAUGACAAAUAAAACAAUCACAUGUUCA